GAAUUAUUACUACUAUUGUUAUCACUGUUAUCAUCCAAUCCUAUUUUCUCCUCCCUUUGUUCCAUGGAAAUCCUCAUCUCCGCGCCGCAGCUCACUCCGGUUAUCGUGGAUCAGGUCAUGGCAGGGCUCUCCGCCAAUUACAGGGGUGCCUUGGGUGUCACAGAGAGCCAGUACGUGUCCACUUACUCGCAUAUUAUGGACACCAUCAUGGUUGAUUUUGAGUGCUGUGGGAUCAACGGCUACACUGACUUUGCCAAUGAAAACUUGACUCGUCUGUGGUAUGCGGAGGGCCGAGUCUAUGUCGACGCUACUGGAGCCCAGAGAGUGGGUGAUGAUAUCGGUAUUCCGCCCGCUUGCUGUCGCUUCAAAAGAAAGGGUUUCAGUCUAAACACUACUUUUGCUGAGCUCCACCCAUUCAUGGUUAAUCCAGACUGCCCACUGAAACCGAUAGACGCGUACCAUCCAGAAGGCUGCAUUGAUGUCAUCACACAGAACAUGAGGACCUAUGCAGUUGCCUUCAUCAUCAUCCCCGUGGUCAUUGCGGUUAUAGAGGUAAGUUGA